UUUGCCGAGUUGAGCUCCGUGGGCCUAUUGGGACAUUGACCAUGACUUUAGCUGCCAGACUGGAUGGCUUCGAGAUGACACUGGAGCACCUGCUCAUGGAUGUGUUUAUGACGGAGGGCCGUCGAUGUCAAGUACAUCUCCUUGAUGACAGGAAGCUGGAACUCCUAGUACAGCCCAAGCUUUUGGCUAAGGAGCUUCUUGACCUCGUGGCAUCUCAUUUCAACCUGAAGGAGAAAGAAUACUUUGGAAUAGCGUUCACAGACGAAACGGGACACUUGAACUGGCUCCAACUAGAUCGAAGAGUCCUGGAACAUGACUUCCCCAAAAAGUCUGGGCCGGUGGUUCUGUACUUCUGUGUCAGAUUCUAUAUAGAAAGCAUCUCCUAUCUGAAGGACAAUGCUACCAUUGAGCUCUUCUUCCUGAACGCCAAGUCCUGCAUCUACAAGGAGCUCAUUGAUGUUGACAGUGAGGUGGUGUUUGAAUUAGCUUCCUAUAUUUUACAGGAAGCAAAGGGAGAUUUCUCUAGCAAUGAGGUGGUGAGAAGUGACCUGAAAAAGCUGCCAGCCCUUCCCACCCAAGCCCUGAAGGAACACCCCUCCCUGGCCUACUGUGAAGACAGAGUCAUUGAGUACUACAAGAAACUGAAUGGCCAGACGAGGGGACAAGCGAUUGUGAACUACAUGAGUAUUGUGGAGUCUCUCCCAACCUACGGUGUCCACUAUUAUGCAGUGAAGGACAAGCAGGGGAUACCGUGGUGGCUGGGACUGAGCUACAAAGGAAUUUUCCAGUAUGACUACCAUGAUAAAGUGAAGCCAAGGAAGAUAUUCCAAUGGAGGCAGUUGGAGAAUCUGUAUUUCAGGGAAAAGAAGUUUUCCGUGGAAGUUCAUGACCCUCGCAGGGCUUCCGUGACCAGGAGGACUUUUGGGCACAGUGGCAUUGCCGUGCACACAUGGUACGCGUGUCCAGCGCUAAUCAAGUCUAUCUGGGCGAUGGCGAUUAGCCAACACCAGUUCUAUCUGGACAGAAAGCAGAGUAAGUCCAAGAUCCAUGCGGCUCGAAGUCUGAGUGAGAUCGCCAUUGACCUAACAGAGACAGGGACGCUGAAGACCUCAAAACUGGCCAACAUGGGGAGCAAGGGGAAGAUCAUCAGCGGCAGCAGUGGGAGCUUGCUGUCCUCAGGUUCUCAGGAGUCAGAUAGCUCGCAGUCAGCCAAGAAAGACAUGCUGGCUGCCCUGAAAUCCAGGCAGGAAGCUCUGGAGGAGACGCUGCGCCAGAGGCUGGAGGAACUGAAGCGAUUGUGUCUCCGGGAAGCUGAACUCACGGGAAAGCUGCCCGUUGAGUAUCCCCUGGAUCCAGGAGAGGAGCCGCCUACCGUUCGGAGAAGGAUUGGAACGGCCUUCAAGCUGGAUGAGCAGAAGAUCCUGCCUAAAGGAGAGGAAGCUGAGCUAGAACGCCUGGAACGAGAGUUUGCAAUUCAGUCCCAGAUCACCGAGGCUGCCCGCCGUCUAGCCAGCGACCCCAAUGUCAGCAAAAAACUGAAGAAGCAAAGGAAAACCUCUUAUCUGAAUGCACUGAAGAAGCUGCAGGAGAUUGAAAAUGCAAUCAAUGAGAACCGCAUCAAGUCAGGGAAGAAACCCACCCAGAGGGCUUCGCUUGUCAUUGAUGAUGGAAAUAUCGCCAGCGAAGACAGCUCUCUCUCGGAUGCCCUUGUUCUGGAAGAUGAAGACUCUCAGGUUACCAGCACAAUAUCCCCCUUACAAUCGCCACACAAGGGCCUCCCUCCUCGGCCUCCGUCAACGCACAACAGGCCUCCUCCCCCGCAGUCCCUGGAGGGACUCAGGCAGAUGCACUAUCACCGUACCGACUAUGACAAGUCACCCUUAAAGCCCAAAAUGUGGAGCGAGUCAUCUUUAGACGAGCCUUAUGAGAAAGUGAAGAAACGCUCCUCCCACGGUCAUUCCAGUAGCCACAAGCGUUUUCCCAGCACAGGGAGCUGUACUGAGGCAGGAGUAAGCAGCUCCCUGCAGAAUAGUCCCAUCCGAAGCCUCCCACACUGGAAUUCCCAGUCUAGCAUGCCAUCCACCCCAGACCUGCGCGUCCGGAGUCCCCACUACGUUCAUUCCACAAGGUCGGUGGACAUCAGCCCGACGAGACUGCACAGCCUCGCACUGCACUUUAGGCAUCGAAGCUCCAGCUUGGAGUCCCAGGGCAAGCUCCUGGGCUCAGAGAACGACACCGGAAGCCCCGACUUCUACACCCCGAGGACUCGUAGCAGCAAUGGCUCAGACCCCAUGGAUGACUGCUCGUCCUGCACCAGCCACUCGAGCUCAGAACACUACUACCCGGCCCAGAUGAAUGCCAACUACUCAACGCUGGCUGAGGACUCGCCAUCCAAGGCGCGGCAGCGACAGCGACAGAGGCAGCGGGCAGCAGGCGCGCUGGGCUCAGCUAGCUCUGGCAGCAUGCCCAACCUGGCGGCACGCAGCGGGGCUGCGAGCGCGGGAGGUGGCGUGUACCUGCACAGCCAGAGCCAGCCGAGCUCGCAGUACCGCAUCAAGGAGUACCCACUAUAUAUCGAGGGCAGUGCCACACCCGUGGUGGUACGCAGCCUGGAGAGCGACCAGGAGGGCCACUACAGCGUCAAGGCGCAGUUUAAGACCUCCAACUCUUACACGGCUGGUGGUCUGUUCAAAGAGAGCUGGCGCGGGGGUGGUGACGAGGGCGAUGCAGGCCGCCUUACGCCAUCCCGCUCUCAGAUCCUGCGGACUCCUUCGUUGGGGCGUGACGGCGCCCACGACAAAGGCUCCGGCCGCGCUGCUGUGUCCGAUGAGCUGCGCCUGUGGUACCAGCGCUCCACAGCCUCGCACAAGGAGCACAGCCGCCUGUCGCACACCAGCUCCACUUCCUCAGACAGCGGCUCUCAGUACAGCACCUCUUCCCAGAGCACCUUCGUGGCGCACAGCAGGGUCACCAGGAUGCCCCAGAUGUGCAAGGCCACGUCAGCUGCCUUACCUCAAAGCCAGAGAAGCUCAACACCGUCAAGUGAAAUUGGAGCCACCCCACCAAGCAGUCCCCACCACAUCCUGACCUGGCAGACUGGGAGCUACGGUGACAGCUGCUUCCUGGAUUCCUCCCUCUAUCCAGAGCUAGCUGACGUCCAAUGGUACGGGCAGGAAAAAGCCAAGCCCGGGACCCUCGUGUGAGCCGGCCGACCGGGCCGAUGUGAGCACCGCCACGCCAUUCCAAGUCACCUCACUGCCUCUCAUUUGCCUUACCCAGAUGCACUGUCACCUGCACCAGCUUCGGCCCUCAGCACUUUUUUUCUCCUAUUUCCACAUCCCUUUCAACCUCAAAAACCUGACUGAGGAGACGUUCUGGAAGGUUCCGAACCCACUGUGUGUCCCUGGCUCUCUUGUCCGGAGAGCCAGAUAACAAUCCUCAAUGGCACCUUGGUGGUUUCCCUCUGCCAUGACAGCCCCAGGUCACAAACUGUCAGGGAAGCCAACACAUGCAAUUCCUGUGGAAGAGAAGCCUUGGUAGAGAACGAGGAAAGCAAGCCCUGCCUGCAGAGACUGUGAAGCUGUUUCCGGCUGCCACCCUGGGCCAACCAAGUGCUUCUAGAGGAGAGUGCCGAGUGGGGAUAUCGGUUUCCACCUGAAAUAAAUAUUCAGUAGUCAAACAGCCAGCAAGAGUUCCUAAGGUGAAGCGUUAAGAUUGGUGCUCCAGAGACGCAUCGGAAGAUCCCAACCGGUUCUAUGCUGCCAAAGAUUAGACCCAUUCAACAAUGAACAGAGAGGAGGGGCCAAGAGGAACACACUUUUUCUGCAGUGAAAUUUCAAGUCUAAAUUGCUUCUAUGCAGCCCCAGUGAAGGUCAACCCUUUGUAGACCACGUCCUGUCAUGUGUGACCCAUCUCCUGGAGCACUCCAUAGCCCCGGAUCUGAGAGACUGGGAACAAACCCAACAGGACAGUGAAGAUGAAGGGCUUGACUGUCCUGGCAGACUCGGAUGUGAAGGAAAACAGAGGUUGGGACGGGGGAGCCGGGUACCGUUAGGACUGCCCUAUGCAGGGGCCUCAGCCUACGCCCCCAAAGCUUCUUUCUUAUUGGGAUUGGGAGGAAGCUGAAGGUGAUCAUUGCCAAAAGCAGUUCUCUCUCGUUAAAAACAACCAGUAAAAGUGUAACCUUUCUUUUUUGGUACAAGGCCUUUCAUUUUCCUUUUUUUAUGGGAAACCAAGGGAAAAAGCACACUGCGAUCUAGUCAAGUGUUUUACUGUUGUGGUUCAUUGUAUGUUUGUCAACCCUUGUAUGAACCUGGACAGACCUCUCCUGUGUGUCGCUUAGUCAGAGAACUCAAGUACGCCCUUAGGUAGGAAGAUUUUUUUUACACCUGUCUACCAGUCGGCAGGCAGAACAGAGUUGAGACAACUCAGCUUCCAAAGGGCCCAUCCACCUCCGGCAGUAUCUGUGACCUUGAUCUAUAUACCACCUCUGUCCACAGAUACCAAGAGGAAAAAAAAGGCAAAAAAAAAAAAAAAAA